GUAUUUGUAGUUACAGAUACUUGACCAGUCUCCAGGGGUGGGGUUUCCAACCCUUUAAACAACCCUGUUGCCUGUUAUCAAGCUAACUUUUUGCUCUUAGUGCCAGAAUUGAUUUUGGUAAGAACGUCUUUCACUGAGAAAUAAAUAAAAUGGAACAUAAUGGGUCUGCUUCAAAUGCUGAUAAAAUCCAGCAGAACCGCCUGUCGCGUGUUACAGAAGAUGAAGACCAAGACGCUGCUCUUACCAUUGUGACUGUCCUGGACAAAGUGGCUGCCAUCGUGGACAGCGUGCAGGCAAGCCAGAAGAGGAUAGAGGAGAGACACAGAGAGAUGGAAAAUGCCAUAAAGUCCGUCCAGAUUGACCUGCUGAAGUUUUCACAGUCACACAGCAACACAAGCUAUGUCAUUAACAAGUUGUUUGAGAAAACCCGAAAGGUCAGUGCUCACAUUAAAGACGUGAAGGCCCGGGUGGAAAAGCAACAAACUCACGUGAAAAAAGUUGAAGCCAAGCAAGAGGAGAUAAUAAAGAAGAACAAAUUCCGUGUGGUAAUAUUCCAGGAGGAGGUUCAGUGUCCCACGUCCCUGUCUGUUGUGAAAGACAGAAGCCUGACCGAGAGUCCAGAGGAGGAGGACGAUGUCUUGGAUCCCCCAGUUGAUCUGUCUUCAGACGAAGAAUAUUAUGUUGAAGAGAGCAGAUCUGCCAGGCUUAGAAAGUCAGGCAAGGAGCGCAUUGAUAAUCUCAAAAAGGCGUUUUCCAAAGAAAACAUGCAGAAGACACGGCAGAAUUUUGACAAGAAAGUGAAUAGGAUUAGGACCAGAAUAGUGACCCCAGAGAGGAGAGAGCGGCUGCGGCAGUCGGGGGAGAGGUUAAGGCAGUCGGGGGAGAGGCUGAAACAGUCAGGGGAAAGGUUUAAGAAAUCUAUUUCUAACGCAGCACCCUCGAGGGAAACUUUUAAGAUGCGUAGCCUUCGGUCGAAGACUAAAGACCGAGCUGUGGCCGAAGGUCGGGAAGAGAUCAGGGAGAUGGGUGUGGACAUCAUUGCCAGGAGCGAGUCUCCAGGUCCCGUCAGCCCGCUGUACACCGAGGUGCUCAGUGAAACGGACCGCGAGGAGGCUAGCCCUGCGCAUGCUCCCCGAGACGGUGGGGAAGCCUCCACCCCCGAGCCUUUAAAAGUUACCUUUAAACCCCAGGUGAAAGUAGAGGAUGACGAAUCUCUUUUGCUAGAUUUAAAACAGUAAUUCUAAAGAGGAAUUAAAUAUAAUUGUCUCUUUAAUCACCAGUUCUGUUUAAAUAGUGUACUCGUGUACAUGUAUAUGCCAUAUAGGAAAACACGUGUGGUAUGGCUGUUUCAUUUCUUAGGUUUAAAAUCAUAAAGAUAGUACAGAUAAUAAAUACAUUUCCUUGUGA